AAUAGUCCCAUGAGCAUUGGGCUAUAGCGUUACUCCUGCGUUACACUGCGUUGUAUUGUCAAAUCAGAGACGGGAGGAGACACAUGAUAAAGAGAGAGCAAAGGGACUUCUGUGUGCCAGUUUCUCCCAAGCAUGAGUGUCUGAUGGUGGGUUCAAGCAAUGGAUUUGUAUUUUAAUGACAUUGUUAAACAGGGAUAUGUGUAUUUUCGCAGCAAGCAUUUAUGGAUCUAUCGGAGGUUCUGGCUUGUUCUAAGAAGAGACUCCAGUAAAGGACCCAAGAGAUUGGAGAGGUUCUCAAAUGAACAGGCGGCUAACUGCCAAUGUCACCACAAAGUGACAGACCUCACAAAAAUAAGAAAUGUUACCAGACCCCCACGGGAUAAAAAGAAACACGCUGUGGUUCUGACGUUCAAUGAUGACUCACCAAAGGCGUUUGCAUGUGAUUCAGAGUUGGACGCCAAAGAAUGGUGCAAUGUGCUACAAAUGGAAUGUCUGGAGACUAAAAUUACUGACCUGCCCUUGGAGGAGCCAGUCCUAUUUAACAUGAGCCUACAUCGAGAUCACAGAGAGCAGUUCCACGUGUUCAUGAAGCCAUCACAGUGUAUGGAAUUCAGUGGGGAAUGUAAUCUACAGAUCACUUGUGACACUCUCUUGCUGUGGGACACCCAGAACCCUGGUCUCAAAAUCACAUCCUGGCCACUGCGGUCACUUCGGCGUUACGGUCGGGGUCAAAACUGGUUCACAUUUGAAGCUGGGAGGAUGUGUGACACUGGAGAGGGACUCUUCACCUUUCAGACACCAGAGGGAGAACGGCUCUAUCAUAGAGUGAAUGAGGCGGUGUUAGCCACUGUGGAGCAAGAGGACUGGCUAUGCUGUGAUGAGAGGAAGACAGGCACGGAGAGGAGAACCAGAGAGUCUACAAUACCUUGGUCUCUGUGCUGAUACUGCUGAUUCUGACGGUCCAGUCAGAAUCCUUGAUCCCAUUUGAAAUCAGAUUAAAUAUAUUCAUUGUAUAUCAGUUUGAUAGUCAUAGUUGUUUUUUGAAACAAUGCUCAGAUAUGAAGGAAUUACGUAAACACAUGAUGAUAUAUACAUAUUUAUGUACUGGAAUCAGUUGCCCAUUAUUUCAGCUACCAUGGCUAUACGAAGAGACCUCAGUGACUUUGAAAGAGGGGUCUCAGAGGAGCAUAGGGCAUUUAAAGUGUGUGUGUGUCUCAGUCACCAGAUCUCAACCCAAUUGAAAAAUUAUGGGAGAUUCUGCAGGGCAUGCGACAGCAUUUUCCACCACCAUAAACAAAACACCAAAUUUCUCGUGGAAGAAUGGUGUACACUUGUAGAAUCAAUGCCAAGGUGCAUUGAAGCUGUUCUUGCAGCUCGUGGUGGCCCUAUCAGACACUUGGUGUUUCCUUUAUUUUGUCAGUAACCUGUACAUUACUGUUGAAUUUAUUAAUGUUAAUAAAUGAGUUAUUAAAAAUGA